UUAAAAGGUUAAGGCCUUAUACUUGAAUAGGUUCGAAUCAGAUCAUGCACUCCUCAUUAAAGUCAUUAAAAUAAUUACGGCAUAUUUAACCCCCUAUACAGGCUUUGAGCCAAACUUGUUAGAUAAUGAUUCAUAUUUUAAAUAACAAUGUUGUUUUGAAUUUUACAAGCCGUACACACCUUCAAUGUAGAAAAUAUAUACCGUAUCACAACUUCUCGGAUUUACCUCAUCUUUAUUUGAACAUGUAUGCUGAUUACAGCUUGGAUAACGAGUAUCAAGAAAGAUAACCAUACUUGAUUAAGUAAAUGAUUUCUAACUAGGCUAAUUUUGCAAAAUUAUUUUAAUGGAGACCAAAUUAAGCGAUGGGUCAAUUGAGAACACAUGCUCCAGUGUUUACCUUGAAAGCUGUGCUGACACACUCUGCAUACAACACGAGCAAAUUGUAUGCAAUAAAUGCCUAAGCAAUAAACAUAACAAGUGCAUGACUUUAACCCUAUCAAGUGCAUUAGAAUCUGUUGAUUUACAUUCAACUCUUCAAAAUAUACAGGAGCGUACUAAGUUAUUAAACGCCUCAAUAACAACCUACAUAAAGACCAAAGAAGAGAAUAUUUUACUGCUCAAACAAAAGUCAAAAGAGAUCAAAGAAGAAAUAAGUUCAUUUCGUCAAAGAAUAAUACAAACUUUAGAUAACAUGGAAAGGGAUGCUUAUUUAUCUAUUAAUAAUGAGAUAGGGAGGAUGAUUAACAUUGCUAAAAUGGACGAACAAAAUCUUUUGAUUCAGAAAUCAAAGAUUGAGCCUUUGCAGCAAUGCGUUCAAGAACUACUUAUACAUAAAAUAAAUGAGAAAUCAUUCCGUAAACUACUUGAAGCCAGCGGAAUUCAAAAAGGCAUAGCUAAUUUUCUAAGCAGUAAUAACAGACUCGGGCAAAAACAAGAUGCAGAUUUUCAAUGGGAUGGUUUAAUCAGUGAACUUCAAGAGAAAUAUUUGAUACCAACUUUUGGACAGCUUAUACCAAAAGUAUCCUUGACGAAUGAAGAGAUAUCGGAUAUUGACAGUUGUAUUCCAAAGGGACCCGUUAUCGAACUAUAUCGAAGUAACGAUCACUGUAUCGAUAACAAAGACAUCAUUAUAGAUAAUAAGUGCUCGAUAAAAAGAAAAAGUUUAGUUUUGAAAUCUAGUUUUGAUACUUUGGACAUAGAAGUUAACGUUCAAAUAAAUCGUGGUUGCUUUAUUUCAAAUAACCGGGUUCUGUUGAAAGACAUGAAAAAUUCGUAUAUAUUAUAUCUACUGAACGUUGAAGAUAAAACAUUUCAGAAGCUAUGUUUAAAGCAUGAAGCCCUUGAUAUUGCAGUUUUCGAUUCUUCACGAGCAGUGGUAACACUACGAGAAGGUGGGAUACAGGUUAUUAACAUACCCUCACUAACACUGGGGGAACGAAUAAGAUGUGACGGCUCGUUUUAUGCUGUAGCAUGCAUGAACAAGAAAAUAUUCGUUAAAACAUCUUAUCGAAAACUAACCAUCUUAGACAUUACAGGCAAUUAUCAGAAAACAUUAGAAACAGAGUAUGCAAUUGACUACAUGUGUGCCAAUAAAAAUAUCAUAUAUUGCACUAAUUAUUGUAAAAACCGAGUAUUUGGUGUGACCACGGAAGGAAGUACUGUUUUUAGUUAUGAACUAACUUCCAUGAAAGGACCAGUUGGUGUGACCGUGGACAAACGUGGUUUGGUUUAUGUUGCUGGGUGGUUAUCAAACAAUAUUCACCAAUUUGAUGAAGAAGGCAAUUUAUUGACGAUUAUUGGAACAGAGAAGGAUGAGAUUUACCGACCAAUGGGUCUGUCUUAUAAUUCAGAAGAGGACUGUUUGAUGGUUAUAAAUAAGGGUUGUAUUUCUAUUUCUGUGUAUGAUAUUAUGUAUAGUGACACAAUCGGCCAUUAAUUAUACUAUUAAAGAAAGUGUCUUGCUCUAUAAAUCUAUACGUAAUAAUUUUAUUAAACUUUUUUGAAUAGGAAAUUCUUAAGACGAUACUAUAGCUAUGCAUAUUGGAUGUUACCCAUGAAUUGUGGAAAUACGUAAAUUUAAUUUGAAACAAGUUGUGUAUGCUACAUUAUUUGAAGUGACUUUACAACACAUU